CAAUGAUUCAUUGACUUAUACUUAGACCCUUUCUCCCGGAGCAUAGAACGAAAACAUCUGUAUGGUUCUGGUAUUUGGUAACCUGAAUUUGAUUCAAGAAGAGAACUCGGGAGGUAGCUCGCUGAAGAAAACAAGAAGAGAACCCUUAGGAUCAAAUUCAGGUAACCAAAUACCGGAACCAUUCAACAUCGAAAAAUGCGACUCUCUUUAGAAAUUAUACCCGACCGAAUGCUCAUCCCGGAUGCGUUCGCUCAGUCACCUAAGCUUGCCGAUUGUCAACCGAUUCUGCAUCUUUCCUGGUUAGAUUUGCCACCUGUGGUGAUACCUGUAGCUGGACGUGGGGAAGACGGAGUUGGAAAUGUGGUGAGACCUACCUUUUCCACACCGCACGUCCUCGAUUUUGGCGGUAAGGGAAAGUCACUCACUUUCGACCUUCCUGAAAGGGGCUAUACGGUUACACUGCAUGAGGAGAAGUUAAGAUGGCUCUUGCUCUUUUGGUGUUUUUCAAUGUUAGCCCUUCUUGGACGAGGUAAGACUUAGUAUCUUUGGUAAGUGUCGCGAUGAAGAUGAACUUUUGCGCAUUUUUCCUCCUGGCGUACGAGGAGAAAAACAAACCCUGACUGACAGCUGACUUCUAAGAAAAGAAGAACAAUAUGUCGACAUCGAAUUGAAAAGGCCACAGGACUUCGAUUUGCACCUUUCGCUACUUGCUAUGCCCAGAAAGCUGGACGGUGACGAUGCUCGUGUCGCAUCUUCGUCAUCCUCAUGUUUUCUUGUAGCGAUGACUACACUCCACUGUGCUCAAUUGGUCAAGCUAGCAGCACUGUCGUUCCUGCAUUCACAGCUAGAUAAAGAUACUCCGGGCUGCGACGAGGACCACAAGACGCCAUUCCAACCUCACGCUCUGAAUCUGGUAAAUCCAAAAUUAGAAGGGAAAACUGCCUUGAGUUUUCACAUAAGGUUUGCACCUUUUGACAGGCCAGGGUCUAGUAGGAACACCGAUGGAAGAACAAGCGAGAAAGAGAAACAGCCAAAGCUGUUAACAGAAGAGCUUGAAGAAGAAGGCUCAACAAUGAAGAAUGGCGGUCCUCUCCAUGUACGACGUCAUCGUGGUCGGAAGACAUCUACUGGUCGUAACAAAAAAGGUACAAAGAACGGGUUAAUAGAUGCCUCUUCAGAUACCAUGUCUAUACUUGAGUCUCCCUCGUCGAUUCUUGGUGGACAUGAGGAUGAUGAUGAAGCUGUUGUAAAAGUAGAAGUUGAUCAGAAUAUCCUAGACUGUCGAAAGAUUGAGCCUGUGCGUUUUGUUCGUAGGAUAACUUCUACGAAAACAAGUAAGGAUAGUCAGAUGUCCCUCACGACAACUGCGUGUGAAGAUUUUGUCUCAUCAAAAACAACGAAAUCUGCAUCGUCUGUAUCUCCAUCCUCUACACCGAGGAACUUAAUGGUCUCAGACCACCUGCUCGACAGCAAGAUUCAAGAAGUUCCGUUGUGUAAGCUGAACAGCAAGACUCAAGAAGGUGAGGUGUCUGCUGCACCAGAGGACUAUGAUGUUGAAGCUUCUACUAGUACAGUCACCAGUUUUACUAGGCCACAGCAUCCAGAUGUGUAUGCCCCUGGAACUUUGAAGUUUGGCCUUCGUGGGUAAGGCGUGGUAUGGCAAAUGUAGUCUUGCUCAACUUCAACAUCCCUUCAUGUUGGAGCUCUACCCCCUUC